AUGAUCGUGGGCAAAAAUUUCUGGGAUGAGGAGAAGGACGCACCUAUUCUGAAGAGAAAUGGAAAUUACAUUAAUAAGGAGAACUGUGAAUAUGUUUGCAAGCGUGCAGAACAUUUCUACAAAAUAAUGUUAAGUUACAUUAAAGAGGAAAUCAAUGUGGAAAUUCGAGAAGAUUGUAGUGAUAAAGAGAUUUUGAGGAUAAUAAAAUUAGACGCCGAAAGAACAUUUAACAAGGAAGAAAAUCGGUCCCUACUGAUAGAAGUGUUGCAAUCAAUUUAUCCAAUAACGAAUGAUUACCACCAAGGCAUAUCAUUUAUCUCUUCAUUUUUAUUGCUUUUCUUAGAACCAAGGGAAGUGGUAAAAAUUAUUACCGGUUUACACAGAUAUUAUUUACCAGGGUAUUUUAAGGCAAUGCCCAAAGCAUACGUGAGGGAUUCUCGUGUGUUUUUAAGUAUCUUAAAUCAUUUCCAUCCAAAUUUAUAUGAACAUAUAAAAAACUUGAUAACACCUGAAGCCUUUGUUUCUAAGUGGUUCAUUGGUCUCAAUGUGCAUGUCUUGACAUUCGAAUCGCUUAUGCUAUUUUUCGAGCACUUGUUGAAACAAGGAGAAAUAUUUCUCUUCAAAUAUAGUAUUGCUUUGUGCAGAACUUUGGAACAAGAAAUUAUGAAUACAAAUGACGUUUCUAAGCUUCUAGCGCUGUUGCGAUUAGACCAGAAACUUUUCCCUAAUGAUUAUAAAAAAUCGGACGCCCAUAAAAUUGGUGACUUUUUUUUAAACAUUAUUGAAGCUUCGUUAAAAGUAGAUAUGACGAAUAUCGAUUUGGACAAAUUGAGGGAAGAGGCAUGUGAACAGAUGAGGCUGGAGGAGGAAAGGAGGAAGCAAAUUGAGAUGGAGCGCCUUUUGACGGAUGACGAAAUUAUUUUUUCCGACGAGGAGGAGGAAGACGACUUCGAUGACGACGACGACAACAGUGACCAUCACGACAACAGUGACCAUGACGACCAUGAUGAUAAGGAAGAUUCAGACGUGACGAGGAGUGAGGAGGGAAACAAAUCGGACCACGAGGAUAAUUUGGAUAAUGUGGAAAAAUCGCUUCAUGUGGAGUUGAACAAAUUGCAGCUUGACGAGACCAACAAGGCCAAGCCAGAGGACGAAAAGGAGAAAGCAAUUUCGAGUGUGCAGGCCCCAAAAAAUGAGAACAAAAACUUGGAAAAAAGGGAGUGUGAAGAAGCGGACUGCAUGUAA